AGGUUAGCUCUCUUUGAUUUACAUGUCAACAUGAACAUGUGUUAAUUAUUUACUAUUUCUUAAUUAUCCAGAUACAUGAUUAAGUGAUAACCUGGUGGCUUGUUUUUAUCGUGGCCUAAUUAAGAACCAAAAAUUUUUUACUAGUGUUUGGGUUUCAAAUCGCUGAUUAAGAUGAGUAAAAAAAAUAAGAAUUGUUUGGGAAGAGCACUACAUAAAAGAAUAUCGUCUAACAGUAACAGUAAGGGCGCUAAAUCUGCAUUAUUUACUACCGAUCUCAAAGAUGGUUGUGAUUGGGGAAGACUAAAUCUUCAAUCUGUUACUGAAGAAUCUUCUCUACAAGAAUUUAUGUCAAUAGCUGAUUUAGCAAGAACAGAAUUCAAAGCUGAGAAGCUUAAUGGCAAAAUAAUUACACCUGAUGCCUAUCAUGCUGUUCUUUCUAAUGAAGAAACUCAGAAAUUAAAAAAUUUCCACGAAGAUAACAAAAAAUUUUUGAGAAUACCAAGGAGACCACCAUGGACUGCCGAAACUUCAGCUGACAAACUUAAUGAACAGGAACGAAACAGUUUUCUCGAUUGGAGACGCUCAUUAGCAUUAUUUCAAGAAGCAAAUAAUGUAGUAAUGACUCCUUUUGAAAAACAACUUGAAUUCUGGAGACAACUUUGGAGGACAAUUGAAAGAAGUGAUGUGGUUGUUCAAAUAGUGGAUGCUAGAAAUCCACUUCUUUUCCGUUGCGAAGAUCUUGAGACAUAUGUGUCAGAAGUAUCUAAUGACAAAAUCAAUUUAUUAUUAGUGAAUAAAGCUGAUUUUCUCACAGAUGCACAAAGAAAAUCUUGGGCUUCCUAUUUUACAUCAAUCAAUGUAAAAGCAAUAUUUUUUUCUGCAAUAGCAGUCAUACCUAAUGAUGAAACUGUUGAAAGCAAAAGUAAUACUCCUGAUGAAUGUAGUGAAGAAUCUGAGGAAGAUGAAGUAACUGAAAAAGCAUGUAUAGAAAAGCUAGAAAAAAAAGUGAAUAACCUAGAAAUAAAUGUGGAACAAACUGCAAAAAAAUUAGAUGAAAUAUUGAAUAAUUUGAACUCCUCAGGAGAAGAUUGUACUGAUCAAGCUUUCAACUCUAGUGAGAUAUUUUCCCCGGACCAACUGAAAGAACUAUUCAGAACUCUACAUCCAGGUCCUACAGUAACUAAAGGUGUUACAACUGUUGGAUUUGUUGGUUACCCAAAUGUUGGCAAAAGCUCAACCAUAAAUUCUUUAUUGAAUAAAAAAAAAGUAUCCACUUCUGGCACUGCUGGUAAAACUAAGCAUUUACAAACAAUUUAUUUAGAUAGUCAGAUAUUAUUGUGUGAUUGCCCUGGAUUGGUUAUGCCCUCAUUUGUUUUUACGAAGGCAGACUUGGUGAUAAAUGGCAUUUUACGGGUUGAUGAGAUGAGAGAUCAUGUGCCUCCAAUUAAAUUGAUUACCCAAUUGAUUCCUAGACAUGUUAUAGAGGAUACUUAUAAUAUUAUGAUCCCAAAAUCAUCUGAAGGUGAUGAUAGAUGUCCCACUGCUGAAGAAGUUUUAAACGCUUAUGCAUAUUUCAGGGGAUUUAUGACCGCAAAUGGGCAACCGGACAAUCCUAGGGCGGCCAGAUACAUUCUAAAAGAUUAUCAGAAGGGAAAACUUCUUUACUGUUAUUCACCUCCCAAUCUGACUCAAGAGUCCUACCACUCUUGGCCAGAAAAGCAAAGAACUCUGCCCGGACAUAUACCCUUGAGAACGCUGCGAGCUAUCAAGGUUGAUGAUCCAGCAGAAGAAAUUAAUCGGCAAUGUUUCGGAAGUGGUGUCCACGUUAAGAGGCCUACAGCUAAAUUGAGUGAAUACUUGAACUCGGGAGGUGAAAAACCAUGGAAAAAAAUAAAUAAACAUGCGAACAAAAACAAGCGAGAAAAACUGAGGAGAGUUUAUUCACACUUGGACGAACAUUGAUUAGUAUUUUGUAUAUAAUAUAUGAUUAAAAACCAAA